AUGCUUUCACUCUCCAUCGUCACCCUCAUGGCCACCGUCCUCGCCGGUACCGCAGCAGCCGCCCCGGCGGAGGUCAAGGCAGUGCCCGCCAAGGAGGCCACCGCUGGCACCUCGUCCAUACUUGCCGCCAACGUCCAAUUCGAGGUUUGCAGGGCCAUCAACUUCAACGACUGCGGCAUCUUUCUCGCCGAGGAGUUUCAGUGCUACAACCUCGGCGGUACCACCUGGGACAAGUCGCUCUCCUCUCUCAGAACCCGGACAGUGGGCUUCUCGUGCUUCAUCUGGCGCACUACCACUUGCCAGGGUCCUCGGGGCGGACCGAUCAGGUCCGACAAUCCUCACGAAGACCUCCGCAUUUUUGGCUGGAACGACGAUGUCAGCUCCUUCAUGUGUAUCCCCAGCUAG